UUCCACCGGAAUUCUUUAAGUGAUGGACAGAGGCUUGCUUUUUUACAAAAUGACAGCUGAGAAAGAAAACACGAGUUUGAAUGUCACUACUGCAAUUGUGACAGAUAACGACGACAAACUACAGCUAAUGAAAGGUGCAGCUUUCCUGACGACUGUCGCAUCUGCUGGGAUGAUAGCAGGAUUCGGCUCCACGUUAGCCUUGGCCAAGAAAAAGAGUCCAGGCUGGUUUAGCAAGGGAACAAUGGCCACUGCUGCAGUACCGGAGACUGGGGCGUCCCUGGCUCUCCGUGCCCUGGGGUGGGGCUCUCUCUACGCCUGGUGUGGAGUGGGCCUGCUCAGUGUCGCAGUCUGGAAAGCCAUGGGGGUCCAUAGUCUAACAGAGUUCAGGCAGAAGAUGCAGUCUGUUUUCCCAGCUAUUCCCAAAAAUGAGGAAGGACCGGCCAACUCGGAGGAAUGGGACUCCAUCUUCAAGUCUAAAGAGAACAACGGAUCUAGCUGACAUUCUCCCUGUCUGGUUCAGGGCAGCCUUAAUAAACCACUGAUUUAAACAAUUACUGUGGCAUGGGCUGAGAAGGAAAGGAACUUGGCAUCCACUGGCAGGUUACUGGGCUCAUUCACUGAUGCUCAUCUGAAGUCCAUGCAGAGUACUCCUUGUGUGGAAGAGAAAUCAUGAACUAAACUAAACUUUUGGAUUGAGGCAUCAUGGUUAAUCUUAAUUUCUGAUCACAGGACUGUCUUGUACUAGUAUAGGAGUUAGGCUUAGUGCCAGUCUGUGUGCUCUUGCCAACUCCAUUGCUCGUUGUCAAGCAAAAUAUUUUUGUCAUGCCAAUGAGUGACAACUUAACAUGAUAACACAAACAGACUAGCACAGUAUUCCUAGGCAGCAACUGCUUUCUAAUAUUUGGAUUUAUUCAUAGGCCAUCAUGAUAUAAUUGACACUUCUAUUUUUGUUCUAUGAAACCAAAAAAGCUAAAUGUGUUUGCAGUUCUGAAGACUGGCCAGCUGAAUGUGAGGCACCUGUCUGGUUUCACUUAAAACAGACCAUCAUCCAAUGUAACACCUAUUUAAGUGUUUGCCGUCAGCUAUUCCCAUGAAAGACAAGUAUCAAAGCGAGAACAGACCUGAACUAUUUGAAACUGUCCUGGCCAGCCGUAGAAAUACGUGUCCUAAAUGUGCUUGUGACUGCCGCCCCUGAUGUUUUCACACACAAAGUUGAAAGAGCGCGUCAUGCCACAGCUGUGACGUGGAGCACGGUGUUGGUUACAGCUGAACCGACACUUCUCUGUGUAUGUGAUCAUUCCUUGCCCGCUGUGCUAAAUAAACCUCUGUAGUUAUCUACAGUCUGA